UCAGAGGAACCAAGGGGAAUUAGCGACAAGAGCCACCCAAUCAGGGAAUAGAAACGUGUUCAUCUGCUGUCUUACGGAGGUGGAAGGGGUGUUUUGUUUUCAGCCAGAGGAAUUUACAUGUUUUCGUCAAUACAGACCAGCCAACCAGCAGUGUCAUUAGGUUAAAUCAGUGUUUGGCAAUAUUCUUGAGGAUAUUAUUACCAAUAUUCCCCAGACGAAGAUGUAAUGGAUUCUCUAAUUAAACAGUUGGAAACUACCCUUGCUGAUGGAACAUAUUUGAUUUAUUAAGCCCCAGUGAGUUCGAUGGCUGAAGAUGCAAAUCGACCGCUCCUUGCUGGUGAUGCUGAUAGCCUGUCUCCUACUAGUGGGUGGAGCCAGAAGUAAAGGUCGACAUAGGAGGAAAAAGCUGGAGAAACCUCACAGGAUUCCCGAUGAGCAGAAACUGCUGCGAAAGCUUCUUGAGAAGUACGACCCUUACGCUCGUCCUGUUUACAACGCUUCCAAGACAGUUGUGGUUAAAUUUGGUUUGACACUUAUUCAAAUCGCCGAUAUGGAUGAAGUUAACCAAGUACUUACUAUCAACGUGUGGCUGGAACAGGAAUGGCAAGAUGAACGACUUGUAUGGGACCCAAAAGACUUCAACGGGUUGCAGAUUCUAAGGAUACCUUGUGAAAAAAUAUGGCUUCCAGAUAUUGUACUAUAUAACAGUGCUGACGAUUUUACAACCGGUUAUAUGAAGAGUAAAGCAAUGGUUACAAGUCAAGGCAACGUCUUCUGGCCGCCACCCGCCAAGUUCAGGAGUUCCUGUAAAAUAGACAUCACAUAUUUUCCAUUUGAUGAUCAGAUUUGUGAGCUUAAGUUCGGUUCUUGGACGUAUGACGGUCUUCAAGUGGACCUGACAAACAGAUCGGACAUGGUGGAUCUUGAGAACUACAUAUUCAGUGGCGAGUGGCAGUUAUUGGCUGUGAGAAUAAAAAGAACAGAAGUGUUUUAUGCCUGUUGCAAGGAGCCUUACCCUGACGUGCGGUUUACGGUCAUUAUCAGGAGAAAGACGUUGUAUUAUCUGUUCAACAUUAUCUUCCCGUGUCUGUGGUUGACAAUUCUCAGUUUACUGGGGUUUUGGCUACCUCCAGAUUCAGGGGAAAAAAUCACACUUGGGAUCACGGUACUGCUUGCUUUCUCAGUGUUUAUGUUGCUUAUAGCUGAAAAUAUGCCGGCGACCUCGGAGUUUGUACCAUUAAUAGGAAUCUACCUGACAGUUACCAUGGCGAUGACGUCACUGUCCAUCAUACUGACCGUGUUUGUUCUACAACUCCAUCACGUUGGCCCCCAUCAGAAGCCCGUUCCAAGAUGGCUGCGGUCCCUGGUAUUUGACAUCUUUGCCAGACUUGUGUGUAUGUGUCACUCGACCGAUUCAAUGAGAAACAGAAGACAGGUUAUAAAAACAGAUGAUGUGUGUCUGUCCACAUUCAUGGAAACCAUUGACGGUAGCAAUUGCAAUGGGUCUGUUCCAUAUAAUGGGAUGCCACUCGCUCAUGAACGUAUGCUGGAUCGGGGGGACCACACGAACGACAGGAUAACCAGUCAUCUGAAAGGUUUGGUACGUCGUCAGGACAGCGAGGAACGUCAUCAGGAUGUGGUGAAUGAGUGGCGCUUUGUUGCCCACGUCAUUGAUAGGCUUCUCUUCUGGAUUUUCCUUAUAGCUGCAGUUGUGUCCUCUAUCACGAUUUUGGUGAUCCAACCCUUCCUUAAGCCGGAGCACAGCCUGUAAUUCAUUUGUCGAGAGGAGAGAUGUGUACCGAUUAGAAGUGUUGGAUACAAACAAAUCAGGAAUAGCUUCAGCCAGCCUGGAAUAUCCUGGUCAAGUUCUGCAUUGCAUAAACCGUGCAUAGUUGUGUUAUAUGUUUGGCCGUAUCAGGAGGAGAUAGAUAAACGCUUUGACCUUGGAGUUGGUGUUAAUAUAUAUUUCACAAAGAAAGUAACCAGAGCGUUAUGCACCAAUAUUAAAAGAUACCUGGUUUCAGAGAAUUACCAUCUGUGUAAUUAGAAUUUAAAUAGCAUUAUAUAUAGACCAGCAAUAAUAUGUCAACUAUGUACAUAACUAUCAUUAAUUAUUAUUGAUUCUUUACAACAAUUAAAGAAAAAAUAAACACAUAUUGAUUAUGCAUUUAAGUUCACACCUAAAUUGUCUACAAUGAGAAGUGAUUUGUACAAGACUCGAGAUCGGGUCGAGGGAGCUUUUUGCAGUAACGAUUGGUUGUAAAACCGUUGAAUUGCUGAGGGUGAGCUGUUACGGUAUUGUAGAAUGCAUCGUGAGGAAGGAAAUCAGCGUUACGAAUGAGAAUGAUACGGUUACGUCUCCCUGUGAUUUUCUGUGUGCGCCAUGGAUGAUUUUAAAAGGAGCCAUGAUGUGCUUGAUGGGUAGAUUGAAGAGUUUGGGUAAAUGAAGGCCUUCCCAGUGAAGUAAUCAUGCAAUGAUGGCCCUACUUCAGUAGAAGCUGACAUUAUCAACCUCCAAGAGGAGGGGCGUCGUUGAGUGUUAAACUGAUGUGUGUCUCGGCGAUGAUUUUUCCAUCUUAGGUACCUACACAGUCUAGGAUGAUGAAUUUGGUCAACCCUUCCAACGAACUAACAUCAGUAUCGAUUACUCUUUAUGUGUAUGGAUUUCAUUUAUUUUAACAUUUUUCGCAUUUCUGUGAGUGACAAGAAAGUAUUUUUAGCGUGCAGAGAAGGGUUUGAAAAUGGCACCUGGACAGAUAAUACCAAAUAUCGAUCGUACCUUUCUUUUCUUUUGUAACAAUGACAGGUACACUGGUGAUUUAUUGAUAAUACAAAUGUGAUUAGGUUUGUCAUACCUGAAAACAAUGCAAACACAUGUUUGUCGUUAAGGACAACUAUAAAAUCCACAACAUGACAUCCAGUAUGUGUUAACAUUUCAGCGCACAAAAUGCAUGUAUAAAUUUUGACACCGGCGUACGCAUAAAGUAUGUGAGACUCUGUCCUCCUAGCUAAAACCCCCAAUUCAUCCCGCAAGGAUAGAACUAUUGUUGACUCCGUACGUGACUAUACCUCCCAAACAUGCUUAACUAAUUAUGCAAACAAUGACCACAACAGAGCUGAACUGACUGCUUGGUUUCUCAGAAAGAAAAACUAUAGUUUUUAUUUUUCUUAUGCUGUUGGUAGUGACUAUUGGUGUAGCCAUAGUGUUAUAGUGAGGGAAUGUGACGUGUUUGUUAGAUAGAAACAUAUUCAAACUUUCUUUUUCUCCUGUGCAUGUGUAACUGCACUUUAUAAAUACUGCACAUCGUUAUCCGCUCACGUCAACACCUAAUUUGCUGUUGAAUGAGUGUGUAAUACUAUUUAUUUUGUACCGUAUGGUUAUUUAUUGCCACAGAUAUCCAUUCAUCAUACAGACAUGUAUGUCAUACAUGCAUUAACUAACCAUCAGCGUAUAUUUUCCACGUAGCCAACCCAAACAACCUUGAAAUGUAGUAAUAUAUUUUAUAGCUCAAGUAAGAACAAGUUCAAAAGAUUCGUAGCUUGAGAGCAUCUCAGAACAUUAGAAAUUCUGGGCUGCAUCAUCAAUGGCUGAUAUAUCUAUUGGUGCAUGGAUAUAUUUAAUGCCUAAAUGUUGUUCUGUAUUUGUGUGUCAGAGUUCGCCCUAAUAACUGUUUUCAUGUUAUGUACAGAUGCAUACAGAUCUUCAGAGCGAUGAAUACAUAUUGAAUCCUUCGUUGAAUGCAUAUUAAGUUUCCGUAAUGCCUUUAUGCUGCGGGUGUUUGAAGUGUGCUAAUAUAACUGAUCCGAUCUCACAGCAUAAUGUUAUGGGUUAUGCCGUGUAUAUUCCCGAGUAAUCAGAUUCUAAAGAUAGUUGUCAGUACUAAAGAGCUCUUCCCAGAAUGUAAAUAAACAGAAAAAUGAAUCAAGGAGUUGACACAGUAACGACUGCCUUAAUAAAAAAAUACACGAAAUAACAGAAUGUAUCAUGUAAAUGUUCCAACGUGGACCUUUCAAGAUUUCUCACGAAUUCAUCUUGAGGAUUAAUACCACUAAUGACUGAUGACGUUACAAACCACAGACGCAUAUAUCUAAAUUGUUUUAAAGUUGUGUGCUGUAUAUUAUCACAAUGCCAUUUAGCUAUUUAUCUUGACGAUUUCGAUUUGUGAUUCGUGACAAGAAGGAUUAUUAACGGUUCCUUUCUUGUACCGUGCACAAAUACUAUUAGUCAUACUUGAGCGCUACCGACUAUAUUGUUCUACAGUGGUACAAAACGCCACUGCCCAACGUCCAGCAACCUCUACCAGUCGGACCAGUUCCUUCACUGACACGGGUCGUGGUCCAGUGAUCUAUGCAUUGAAUAUAAUUGCGUUCCAUACCAAAUAUCGAUGUUUAAUAUUGAGAUAAAUGUAUACACUGUGUCCUUUUGCACCCUUAUAUUCGAUGUGGGAUACUUUCGAAGUCAAUGGCUUUAUGUACUCCUAGCUUUUAAUUUUAAUGGUUUGUGUUGCAAGAAAGUAUAAUGUCACCGACGGUUGGCACGAUUAGAAAGAAAUAUGAAAACGUGACUUUGUAUAAAUGCAUAAUGAAUUCGUUUUGAAUAAUAAAUUGUAGAGUAAACCAUUUCGGA